GAGGUACAGGUGUGACAGGUGGAUAUCUCAGCUACAACCUGUCUGGACUCUACAUCAGCAGGAUCAAACACACAUCUCAGCACAGUGACAGCAACACCUGGCCAAGCGCAAUGAGUGCAGAUGGAAGAAGAGAGCCCCCUCCCUACAUCGUACCAGUAGAAGGUCAGGGCGAUGGAGUGAAGGUUUACCACGUGCACACGCCUUUCAACCCGGGCACACAGGAGACCCCAGUGUACACAAGUGGAGGAGGCGCCCUCAACGCUGGCCUCGGCACCGGCCUCGGCGCUGGCCUCGGUUCAGGUGACUCUGGAGAUGGCAGAAGAAAGUUUGUGAGCUAUGACACGUCGCUGGGGCGAAAUCCAGGCAUGACGACCUGCACCUCCUGCCAGCAGCAGGUCAUGACCAAUGUCGAGUACAAAGCAGGGAAGUACGCCUGGCUGAUGUGUUUACUCUUCAUCUGCUGCGGGUUAGUCCUGUGCUGCUGCCUGAUUCCAUUUUUCUUGAAAAACUUCAAGGACGCGUACCACACAUGCCCACGCUGCCACAGAGUGCUGCACGUUGAGAAGAAAAAAUGCUGUAAAUGACGACCAUGAGGGCAGAAAUGGACCCAAAGAAAUAAGAAAUAACAUCCUGUUACCUUUAUCUGUGUUUGGGUUACCUGGUAAAAAACAAGCAGUGGCACCAUUUUAUGAACCUGGCAGACAAAGGUCACAGUUCAAACGUAGCUUAUUUCUAGGGAUGAGCUUUUACAUUAGCCGAGGUAAAAUAAAACAUGAAUGACAUCCACAUUAUAUCAUAUUUUUAGCAAAUAGACGAGGAGUGAUUGUGUUGUCACAGUUUAAAUCUCUGGUGAGAGUAAAUCAAACACACCCCAUGCACUUUUUUGUUAGCCGUUUUAUAUUUUUCACAUUUCCGACUUCAUUCGAAAUGAAGGUAUUAUCACAACUUUUGAAUAAUUAACAGCAACAUAAAACAAGCCAACACGAUACAUUAGACCAGAGCAGAGAGCAAAUAUUAGCAUAUUUUCUCAUCUGCAGUUAUUGCACAAUAAAUUUGUGUUGAUAUUGUUUUGUUACAAGUUUUUAAUCAAAAAUUUCACUCUGUAAAAACACACUCUGUAGUUCAUUUGUGUUAUAUUUAUAUGUUGUCAGCCAUAAUAAACUCUUAUAAUUCUUAUAUGAAGGGACGAAGGGCAAUCUUAGUAAGCAUGAAUUUCAAAGAAAAGCUUAUAUCAUGUACAACAGCAGCUGUAAAUAUGAUUUUGACUUUUGCUUGGAUCAUUUGAAUCUUUACCUCCCAACAAGGAUUUGUCCAUGUGUUUUGGUUACAGUGGCAAGGACAAUGCAAAAUUGAAGCAUUACUGUUCUAUGAUAUGAUGUGUUCACUGAGUCACUGAUCAAGACAUUUUGAAUAAUAGUAAUAAUAUUAAUAAAUAAUAUAUUAUAUAACGAAUAAAAUAUGGUCAUUCUAUUCAUAGUUUGAAUAUUUAAAAUCCCUUUUUGGUCAUCCCAGAGAAAUAUGUUUUUGUCUUGUUUACUCUUUCUUUUACAACUUCUUGAAAAAAACAUCUUUCCUGCUUCAAGAUAAAAAAAAGAUGUGUAAUGAAAUCAGGCGAAAUAUUGUUGUGAGCUUUGAAUCCUCUUCAUCUCCGCUCAUGUUGUCCCCUGGAUGAAACUGAGUAUGCUUGGACUUCUGUUAUAUACUAUUAACUAUUUUAUAAUAUUAUUUCUCUUAUAAAAAUAGACUCUGUAGACCAUACAUGGUACUCUGCUGUGCUUGUUUUUUUCUUCUUUUUUCUUGCCCUCCUUUAGAGAGGUCAGAGUUCAGGGCCAACCAGCUCAGCUGUUGGUCACACAAUCUUCCUCUUUUUAAACAUGCUUGCAAAAAAAAUGUAACUUUGAACAUCAGCUUUUACUCGACACCUGAGCAAACUGUAUCGCCUAGGGUCCAGAACAGCUACUAAAUGGACUUUGUGUGAGAUUGUUUUGUCAGCAGCUGUUUCCAUUGGGCAUGAACUUUCAGUCUCAGAUGUUUCUGCAAAUGCUUUGCAUACAUAGCAAAGUAGCCAACAAUGCCAGUGAUGUAAAUGUGCUGCAUUAAGUUAUUAGCCAUGCUAGUAGCUGUAGUGUUGGUAGGUCUGACUGGUCAUGACUGAAACAGCAUGUACAGCAUAUAGCAUAUAGCAUGGCUGUAGACUUGGGCCACAUAGUGUUUCCUCUGGCCCUCAUACGGCAUGACUGUCAUUUGCCAUUUCAACAUCCAGGCCAGUUCUGGUGCACACACAGAAAAAUCCCCAAGCUUUCAGCCAACACUGAAGAGUAACAUCUGGAAUCAGCCCAGGUGUGUAAGUACAUGGGCCAGAAUCAGGCCAAGUUCUCAGGCAUAUGUUGGGCCAGACAUUUUAUCUUGCUUCCUUUAACAGACAGGCAACAACAAUGUGCACUCUUCUGCGAACGAUCACUGAGUGAAACAUCACUGUCAGCUUGUAUCUGGACCUGAGCCUGUGAAUGUGUCUUAGGAUCCUCAAACAUACUGUAUGGCUCUGUAGUUUAUGAAAACAUUAACGGGCUGUAGGCGAGUUUUAGAUGUCUCUGAAAAUUCUCAGUCAUCUCCAAGUGGAAGGCAACUUUAAAUGUUAAAUAAUUCCACAUUUUGGGAAUGAUGCUUAUUAGCUAUUUUGUCGAGUUGGACAAUAAGAUCGAUGUCACAAUCUUGUUUGCCAGUUAAAUACAUGGUUACUGCUAGCAGCUGCUUAGCUUAGCACAGCACACACAGCUGGUCCAUAUCUUGGCUCUGAGCAGUUGUCAUGCAACCAGAUGAGACUCCUUAUAACCCUGAGCUUCAGAGGUGCUCAUGAGCUGAAUUUGUUACCUUUGGACAGUGUCAGGCUGGCAGUUUACCCUUUUCCAGUAUUUAUGCUAAGCUAAGCGGUUGCUAGCUGUAACCUUGAAUAUGCAGUACACAUGAGAGUGGUAUCAAUCUUAUCAUCCAAAUCUCCACCAAAAAACUUCAAUGUUUCCCAAAAUGUCAAAUUAUUCCUUUAACAGUGUUUCGUCCCAGUCCAACACUGAUAUGGACAAGCAGCAGAGUAAUGUUUUUGUUUUUAUAGAAAAUUUUAUUCAACAUACAUUUUCCAGCAAAAAGGCAAUAUACAGGAAUAGUUGUCGUACACUGCUGCUACACUGAGGAUUUUAAACUGGAAAAGAUCAAAUUAAGGUGUGAUUCUGCAGGUCAUCUUUGUACUGCACUUUUUAACAAGACAAAACCAAUGCAGUUAGUUUUGAAAAGAAAAAAAAAAAUCCAAAUGUAACAGAAAAAAAUCGUCAAUGGUACAUCAGGAACGCAAAAUAAAGAAAAAAAAAACCUACACACAAGAAAUAUGAACACCUGGCUCCUUCUGUACCCAACAACAAAGGCGUGUGUUUCUCUUAAAUUUUACAUGUUCAUAUUUUUAAAUAUACAAUUCUUAAAUGUUGUCUUUACAGAGCCAGCUAUACGCUAUUAGGGGAGCAUUCCAUCUGUGCUUUAAAAAGAAACAAACAAAAAGAAAGAAAGAAAGAAAAAUAAAUUCAUAGGGCUUUAAGUGUUUCUUACAAUGCUGGUUUUGUCUCUACACAAUCCUCAAACCUGUGGGCUCUAAGUGUCUGCAGCUCCCUACCAAGCACAGCGCAGUUACUGCUCCCAACCACAUGGAGGCGACAGUUUCAACCAAGAGAGAAGAUGGGAGGGAGACGACGAAGCUCGCGUGUGUGUUUAUGUUUAGAGGAGGAAUGACUGAGAAAGACAUUAUGACCCCCCAAAAACAAUUUAAAAUAAAAGAGAAGGUCAAGGGGGUAAUGUCUGUGCGUGUGUGUUCAUUUUAAAGUCACUGAACAAGUCAAAACCACAACCAAAAUGUACAUUUGCCAGUCCUGAGAAACCUCUGACAUUUAAGUGCCAACGUGCAAGAUGAAAUACAGACAAAUUUCCUCCUUAUUUUUCCCCGUUUAUUUUUAAACAGAUGCUGUGGAUUUUUAUUUUAUUAUACAAGAUCUGCAGAAAGAGACAAAAAAAAAAUUAAUUCAUUUUUCCUCCAACCAAACUAAGUGAGAAAGAACUGUGUGUAAACUUGGAAAUACUUAUUUUUGUAGCACUAAAAGAUGGGAGCAAGAAAUGUAAAGAACCACAUCAGGGCAACUAGUGAGCCGCAGGAUGCACACCACAUCGCAGCCAUUAUUUCAAAAUAUUCUUCUGCAAAACGACCAUCUGCCCCUCCCUCUUUUUUUCCUGUCAGUUAGUCCUCGCAAACAACCUUCCAUCAAACUCUCCACACAGCAGCAUGAUGCCUCUUCAAACAACUCUUUAUUUAAAAACAACCCCCAAAAUAAUCUGAAGGAAAAAGAAGCUGGUGAGGUGGGAGACGGAAAAAAAAACAAAAAAAAAAACAAAGUCUAGAAGUUCAUAUAUAUAUGUAUAUAUAUGUAUAAAUAUAUAUA